AUGAGCACUAUCCACAAGCCAAAGAAGUCAGCCGUGAGCAUCGAGAAGAGAGUCGCACAACACGAGAAGAAAGAGAGAGCUAAGGAAGAUGCUGACAUUAAGAAAGAAGCUGAAGACAAAGCACAAGAGGAAGAAGAAAGCCUUGAGAGUGUCACCGACCCACGUGUGAUGGCUCAUUACAAUGAUGCUGCCAAAAUCGCGAAUGCUGCUUUGAAAUUAGCCGAAACCUUAUGUGUAGAAGGAGCAGUCAUUCAUGACAUUUGCACAAAAGUGAAUGCUUAUAUCACUGAGGAAUGUGGUAAAGUGUUCAAAGGGAAAUACAACUAUGAGAAGGGUAUUGCUUUCCCUUGCUGCAUUUCACUCAACAAUUGCUGUGGAUAUUACUCCCCACUUGCUGAUGACAAAACUGCAAUCAAAAAGGGUGAUUUGGUUAAGAUCCAAUUGGGCGCACACAUCUCCGGAUUUGUUGCUGAAGUUGCCAACACUAUAGUAAUUGGAGAAGCUGCCACUGGCGACAAACAGAAAUUGAUUGAAGCCGGAUAUUUGGCACUCAAAGAAGCAGUCACCAAGUUGGAAAUUGGAGUUAACACUGCAGACAUCUCCGCAGCUAUUGAUGCCGUUUGCAAGAAGUACGACGUCAAACCAUUUGAGAACAUCAUCUCGCGUAAUAUGGAGAGAUAUGUGAUCGAUGGCCAGAAGUUCAUCUUGAACGUUCUCCCAAAGAGUCCAAGUGAUCAUUUGACUAUUGAAGCAAAUGAAGUCUGGAAUUUAGAAAUUCAGUUGACCAGUGGAGCUGCUAAACCAAUUGAAAGAGACACUAGAACUACUGUAUUCAAGAGAAACGUCGAAGAGUCAUAUUUACUCAAGAUGAAAGCGUCUCAAACCACAUUCAGAGAGAUCAACGACAAGUACCCAACAUUCCCAUUUGCUAUUUCUAUGCUUGAGAACGAAGCUAAAGCCAAAUUAGGGUUAGUUGAAAUGACUAAACACUCCUUGGUCGAUGCAUACAAUGUUGUCUAUGAAAAGACCGGAAAUGUGUCGCAGUUCAAGGCCACUGUUAUCAUCACCGAGAAAGGAAAAGUCCUCUUGACCCCGAUUGAUGAACCAGCUACUCUUAAAAAAUAA